AUGGAAGAGCCUCUGAGUUCUGGAAGAAUCUGGCCUGUAUGGGUGAGACUGGGCCAUGACGAUGGUACAGAGGAAGAGGAACGGAUGCACUCGUCCGCGUCACCACUUGCAGCUGGCAAUAUACUGGCCGGGCCUGCACUGCUGAGCGUGCACUCCCGCACUUUUCUCGUCGGUUACUGUGCUAAGGACAGAGGCACAACUAGCACGACAAGAGAGAUGUCAGCCAAUGACCCGGCUUUUGGCUGGGUGGAAGAGGGACUCCAUAAGGACCGUACGCACGUAAACUUCGGACAUGUACGGAGGAUUGAUUGCAUCGAUCGUGGAUCCCACCCUCUGCUCAAGCCUCUCUGGGGCAACGAUCACCACGCCUCCUCCUAUUCCCGUUUGAUAAUCCUAUUAUCACAUCAUAUCCCUCGUGUCCAUCUACAGAGGAUCCAGCAAGCAGUACAGUAUACUCUGGACAGCACCGUCAGUUCGGGCAAUGCCUGGGGACGGGCAUAUGCGGAUAAGAAUAAUUGCCCGGUAUCACGGCAAUGGCAAUGGCACGGCAAUGGCAUGUUCGAACCAAUGUACUCCGUAUACUCCGUCCCUUUUCUUCGGCGAGCCCCGUAUUUGUGCCCAGCUCUCCCUCUGUAUGGGUAUGGUACAGGGGCUAGCUACUCUCGUUCAGUUGCGUCAAGACCGUCCUCCGCACCGUCUAUCUCCGUACGGAGAUGCUGCAUCCAGUGCGUUGAUAACUUACAACGUAGUAGUGCUGAGGGCCCACCCUUCCAGACCGUCAGACGCAGACGCGGAUCGCGCACGAGGAUCUCGGAUCCAUCCCCACGCCUUGAUCCUGACCCACUACGCCGAUCAAUCUGUGUGCCAUCUGUCUGCGCUGCGACUACUCCGACUAAUGAGAUUUCCGAUGAUUUUGGCCCCGGAUCUGGCUCCGGUGGUGUAGCAGUAGUGCCGCCUACCACUCUAGAUUGAGUAUUGAGUACGCUGCAGCCUGCAGGUGGGUGCUCGACUAGUAGUGCUCCACGAGAAGAGAGAAGCGCAAUAAGUUAUAACGCGAUACUUGGUCGGGAGUCGGGAUACCCUUUUCCGGGCUCCAACUUCCCACAUCC